AUACCAAUGGAAACAACAUUGUUUCUAAUACUAACGAUAAUACUAUAUCUAAUGAUAAUACUAUAUCUAACGAUAAUACUACCUUUAACGAUUCACUACCUAACAACACCACUUCUAAUAAUAAUUUACCACCUAAUGAAAAUGUUUUUAAUAAUAACUUACCACCUGAUAACAACGCUUCUCCUUAUCUUGCUGCUAAUGUCA